CACUUGUUUCUUUUUCAAGCAUAGAACCUUAUGUUCUCUUCCUUUCUUUGGGGAUCCUGGCCCUGACAGAGACCGGGACAGGCUCUCACUCCCUUAAGUAUUUCGACGCCGCCAUGUCUCUGCCUGGGCUGGGGGAGCCGCAGUUCGUGACGGUGGGCUACAUGGACGAUCAGCAGUUCGUGCGCUUCGACAGCUACAGCGCGAGCCAGAGGAUGGAGCCGCGGGCGCCCUGGAUGGACAAGAUGGAUCAGGACUACGGGGAGCGAAACACGCGAAACAUCAAGAUCGACGCACAGUUUUACCGAGUGGAUUUGGAGACCCUGCGCGGCUACUAUAACCAGAGUGAGGGUGGUGUUCACACACUUCUGUGCUUGUUUGGUUGCGAGGGCUCCAAGAACGGCAGCUUCAGGAGAAGCUUCUAUCAGUAUAGCUACGACGGGCGCGACUACAUCUCCCUGGACACCGAGACCCUCACGUGGACUGCGGCCCAGCCCUCGGCUUUGAACAGCAAGAGAAAGUUGGAGGCAGAGAGGCGUAUUGCGGAGAGACAGACAGCCUAUCUGAAGAAGAUGUGCGUUCAGUGGCUGCACACGUACCUGGAGAUGGGGAAGGAUGCACUGCUGAGAACAGACCCACCUUUUGCCCAAAUUACCCGUCGCACGGACCUCGAUGGAGGAGUGACCCUGCGGUGUCAGGCCCAGGGCUUUUACCCCGCAGAGAUCUCCCUGACUUGGCUGAGAGAUGGAGAGGAGCAGCUCCAGGACACCGAAUUCAUUGAGACCAGGCCUGGGGGAGAUGGCACCUUCCAGAAGUGGGCAGCUGUGGAGAUGGCCUCAGGGGAGGUAGACAAAUAUACCAGCCGAGUUCAGCAUGUGGGUCUGCCUGAGCCCACAUGA